UUAUUUGAAAAACUUUCAAUCAUUUCGCGUCUCUAUUUGGUAAAUGUGAAUGAAAGAAAAAAUAUUGUUUUAUUUCUCUACAUUGUAAAUGUGAAUGUGAAUAAAAAAAAGUACAUAUUCUGUUUGUAUAUUAGAAAUCUUGUUUAUAUUUGUAGCUUUUUUUAUAAAUGUCAAUCUUAAGUAUUAAAAAAUGCCUAAUUAUAGUCGACUUUGCUGUAUAAGAAAUUGUCUAGGUCCUGAAACACCUCGAAAUAUUUAUAAAUUUCCCAACGACGAGAAUGAGAGAAAUUUAUGGUUAAAUGCAACGAAACGUUAUUUGAGAAAAAACAAUACUGCUUACGAUUUGUUUAUUUGUAUGCGACAUUUUAGUGAUGAAUGUCUUCAUUCUGCUUCCUAUAAAAUAUGGAAAGAUGGAUGUGAAGUUGACGUUCAACGAAAGUAUAGAAAAUUAAAGAAAGAUAGUGUUCCAUCUAUUUUUGAGGUUAACGAUGAAGACAGUGAAACUGAAAAAACUAAAACUGAGGAUAAAAAAGAGAAAGAUGAAAACCUUUCGGAAGAUUUUAAAAGUGUUUCAAUAAAAUAUUCCUUUGGAAAUAGUCCUGAAAUUAAUUCUAAUAAUUAUAAGAAAAAAUUAAAAUCUAAUGAAACUGAAGGCGAUGGUUUGCAACUUUCGGAUUUUGAUAUUAAGAAACCGCCUGUAAAAAGAAGAAGGCGAGCAAAAAGAAAAACUGAUUCAAAUGAAAUAAAACUUGAAAAUUUGGAGAAAUCAAAACUCGAUGAAAAUUCAAGUCAGCCAGAAAUUCCUAUUUCUAAAUUUCCUCAAUUUACUUUCGCGGAUAGUUUUAAAGAUGAAAAUACCAUUAUUAAACGACGUAAAAUUAAACAAAAUGUCUCACAUUCCCCACCGAGUAAUUGGGAGAAAACGAAGCAAGUGGAAAAUAAUAAUAAAUUAUGUACGCUUGUAAAAAAUGAAAAUCCUUCUUUGAAUUCACUAAAUGUUAUUAAUCAUAAAUCAAAUCUUGAAACAAGUAAUCUUCAAUCCUCAAAUUCUUUGACUGCUUUUCCCAAUUUUACAUUUGCAAAUAGCGAUAUAAAUAAUUAUAAAAAUAAAUGUGAAAUAUCGCUUUCUAAAAAUGACGAAUUCGUUAAAUCUGCAACUAAUAAUAUUGUUAAAAUAAAAACUGAAGCAAAUCAAGUGCCGGCGACAAUAAAUACAGGAGGAGCGUUAAUGAUUAAUCCAGUGCAACCAGCGAUUAAUAGUAUUGUUAAAAUAAAAACUGAAGCAAAUCAACUACCAGCAACAAUAAAUGCAGGAGGAACGUUAAUAAUUAAUCCAGUGAAACAAUCAAUUAAUAAUAUUGUUAAAAUAAAAACUGAAGCAAAUCAACUACCGGCAACAAUAAAUGCAGGAGGAACGUUAAUAAUUAAUCCAGUGAAACAAUCAAUUAAUAAUAUUGUUAAAAUAAAAACUGAAGCAAAUCAACUACCAGGAACAAUAAAUAAAGGAGGAACUUUAAUAAUUAAUCCAGUGAAUCCAGCAAUUAAUAAUAUUGUUAAACUAAACACUGAAUCGAAUCAACUGCCGACAACAAUAAAUACGGGAGGAACGUUAAUAAUUAAUCGAAAUGAUGGAAUUGUUAUUUCACCAACAAUUGCAAAAAUUACAAAUCAAAAUCAAAAUUCUAAUACGAGUCAAUUAUUGUCAACAGUUACGCCUCCUACGAGAAUUAUGACAAUCGAUCAAAAUGGAACCGCUCAAGCAACUAUUAACAAUAUUGUCAAACUCAAUCCAAACACAAAUCAAUUGCAAUCAACGAUUCCAAUUUCUGAUUUGUCCAAUUACACGUUUGCAACAAGGCCGAAGCCAAGUUCUCCAAAUUGUACCGAAGUAUUGAUACUCAAGAAACUUAAUCAAAUUGAAAAGAGUCAACUCAAUAAAGUGGCUACAUUUGCUACUUUUCCUAAUUUAAACUUUGCGAAUAAUGGAAUAAUUAAUAAUAAUAAUAAUUCUAAUGUGAAUUUGCCCAGUUCCGAUAUUAUUAAAAUAAGUGAAGUUCAUUCAGAAUCUCCAUCAGUUUUUCAACCUGAAGUGCAUUUUGCUGAUGAAACUAACAAGAAAAAUGAGAAUUCCAAUAUAAAGUCAGAAACUGAAUCGUCCUCACAACGUGGAAAGAAGAGAAAAAAUGAAAGAGAUUUGUCACCUUCGUCUUUGAGAAGAAUUAAUAUUGUCAAUGAACUUAUGGCUUUGAAUUCAUCGCAUCCUGUUAAUGAAUCACCAGUUAAUUCUAAUUGCACUUCGAUACCAAUACAAAGUGCAUUGUCUUCAACAAAUUCAACUGUACAAUAUUCAAAAGCAAUAUUAAUGUGGGACUGGAAUUAUCGAAAUGUUAAUGAAUUUCCAAAAUAUUGGGGAAUGAUUGAUAGUCCUGAGGGUGUAUUCUUUGGAUAUGUUGGAGAUGUUCCCAGCACAAUAACACGAUCUAUUUUUGUCAACGAGGACAUGACUGUCGAGUUACGGGCCAAUAAUCACAUUGCAAAAUCUCCGCUAAUAGAGAAAAUAAUGAAUCUGCAACAAUUAAGGAUCGCAAUGAUAAAAAUUGUAUCUAUGAAUUUGUGUAGUAACUCCAUAGAUGGUCAUUGUGAGAAUGGUUUUUACCUUCGAAAAAAUGUAACUGCAAGCAAAAAAUGUAAGGAAUGUCAAUUGAAAAUUUACAAAGAACAUAGUGCCCAACGACGUAAGAAUCGACGAUUAAUUGCGCAAAAGGAGAGACGUACGAGAAAUUUGAGGAACAUUAGACAAAAAUUAACACGUGCCGUUAAUAGGAUGGAAAUUAUGCAGAAAGCAUAUGUUGAACUUAGUAGCACUUUGCUACCCAUCGAAUAACAAAAAAAAAAAAAAUUAGCAGAGUUUAUUUAAAAUUUAAUAUAAAAAAUUUAAAAUUUAAAAAAAAAAUUAAAGAAUUUAAAAAAAGAGGAACGUUUCAUAUUCGUU